GCUCCAAUGACUUUGCACUGCACACUGCUUCCUACUGUCAGACACCACAGCACAGGAACAGUCAACCACAUCCAACUGGAACCAUGCAGUCUGCAGAGGCCAAAUUCAACAGAAACAGCCUGCUUUUGGCCCUGAGAGGAUACAGCUCAGCCGUCAGAGACAUGGAGCAGACCAUUCUCCUGCCAAGCCUGCUGCGAGAUGUGCCCUCUGAUGAGGUUUGCUACUGUGAUGCAGCUGAGGAGUCCUGCUGUGAUCUGUAUAACAACUUCCUGAUGCUAAAAGCCUUAAGAAACACAGCGGAGAGUGGCCUGGUUCCCAUGGAUGACAAGGCCAACAACAACACUGCACUCAACAAGACCCUGGAGCCUCUCUUGGACACAGAUCCUGAGGCUCUCUUCCGCUUCCACCUGAGAGGGCUGUUUUCUGUGUUGACUGACCUCACCAAGAAGACUCAGAACCUUACUGAGAAAUAUAUGGACAUAAUUGGAGCGACAAAUUAGAAAACAUGUAAGAUAUAUGGACAUAAAGCAAAUAUCUGGUGUCAGUAAAAAUGCUGUAUGUGCAAUGAAAUCACAUAAAUAUCUGAAAUACCAGAACUGUUUACACUCAGUGACCCCAAGCUUCUAACUUAAUGAAUAUGGAAUAAAGGUGCACUGUCCAAACUGA